AUGGAGUUGUUCCCCCGGCAGCCGGACCUGGCGCUGCAGAUCAGCGCCACCAGCUCCUCCUCCUCGCCCCCGGCCGCGCCGCCGGGCAGCUGGGGCCGGCCACCGGACGCCACCACCGGCGCCACCAGCAUGGAUCAAUUCAGCCAGCAUCUAGGGUUUCUGCGGGCCAGCGCCACCGACAUGGCCAGCAAAGAUGGCACGCCGCCGUCGGCGUGGACGCCACCGCCUUCCGCCGCCAACGCAGCGAGCUACUCCAACCACAUCAGCAACCACUACCACCACCGGAUGAACGCCUUGCUCAAGCCUAUAAGAGGGGUCCCCAUCUACCACCACCACCCGUCCUUCCAGCAGCUGCAGCACCAGCACAUGGCCAUGGCCUACCGGAGCAGCGCCGGCGGGGGCGGCGGCGGCUUCUUGUCGUCGAGGUCGAGGUUCCCGCCGGGGCGGCGGAGCGUGAGGGCGCCCAGGAUGCGGUGGACGACCACGCUGCACGCGCGCUUCGUGCACGCCGUCGAGCUCCUGGGAGGCCAUGAGAGAGCCACUCCCAAGUCAGUGCUGGAGCUGAUGGAUGUGAAGGAUCUCACCUUGGCACAUGUCAAGUCUCACUUGCAGAUGUAUCGCACGAUAAAGAGUACCGACAAAUCCAUGACUUCACCAGGACAAAAUGAAGGAUUCGAUAACGGAUCAGCGGGUGAGAUCUCCGACGAGAGCUUGCCGGAGGCCCUAAACACCCACAGGGGUACUGACCAAAAUGGAACGAGCGCAAAUUCUCACAGCGGCAGUAGUUACAAUGGUGGUCUGUGGAGCAACUCCUCAAGCAGGGUAGGAUGGCCUGGUUUCGGCACAAAUGGCACUGAAAAUAGAGGACAGUGUCACAAGGAAGCUGAUGCAUCAAAGAGCCUUGAGAUGUCAGGGGAGAUGAACGUGUCAUGCAUCUCCGAUCAAACAUCGAGUCCGCCGGUGCCGAACCUCGAGUUCACACUAGGGAGGACACACCAUUAA